AUGAUAGUCCGAAUCGAGUCGCCAGCUUCACUAUCUCCGCCGCUCUCCGGUGGAGAGGCUCGAGUCAGCAAUAUUUCUCUGAACAGCGACCCGCGGGCAUCGCCAUUCGGGAAUCCUAUGUUUGAUUCCUCCUUAAAAGAUGCUGAAGAUGAAGAAGAAGAAUGCCGCUUUCGUAGGAACACUGUGAUAUUGAAGCUGAAUGCGGAAUCUAUGCCUGAUAUGGACGGCCGAAAACAGCAUGAAAAUCCUUUUUGCGAUGACUGUUACGCAAUACUGACUACCAAGAAGCUGGCAGAGAUCAGAAACUCGGGCUGGUUCAUGAAAGAAACCCCAAUAGCCGAAUUUUUUAGAUCUACUGAACGAACAUCCCAGGAAAUUCAUGGGCAGUUCGAUAGUAAGCUCGCCGAGAUGAUGUUCAGUGGUGGUGCCGCGAUCUUUGCCUCACGGCUCAUGGUUAGAAAGCAGCGUGCACUUGACACUUGA